AUGAAGAUCAAGAGUAAAGCUAUUCCUGAGGGAAAGAAGAUCAAGAUCAAACUCCCCAAACCUUGGGGAAGAUAUAAUCAAUUGUGGUGCUGCCAGUGUGGGGUUCGCACUUCAGUCCGACUUGUGGACCCCGCGUUCCGCAGACGCUGGCCACUCAGUGAUGCCGGAUUUCAGAGCUCGGAGUUGCGCCUAAGUAACCGAUUCUUCCAUGGCUGGGACCUCGGGAACUAUACUGUAGAUCAUGAAGUGGAAGCAAAUAUUGUAGGAGAUACCAAUUCCGUCGAUGGUAACGUCAUCAACGGUUAA